ACACCCAGAUCCUUUAAAUCAUAGGACAUAUACUGUAUAUAUAUAUAGAGUGAUGUGAUCCCCUCUGCCUUGCCACUCACAGGAUCCUGUUUGCCAGCUCAGUGCCAACACACCAAUCAGCCAUAAUGUCUCACCAGUUCCCAGCACUCACCUCCGAACAGAAGAAGGAGCUCGCAGAGAUCGCUCAGCGCAUUGUUAAAGAUGGCAAGGGAAUACUGGCGGCAGAUGAAUCUGUGGGGACCAUGGGCAGUCGCCUGAAGCGCAUCAAUGUGGAGAACAUUGAAGAGAACCGCCGCUUCUUCAGAAACCUUCUCUUUACGGCUGACUCCAAGCUGAAUGAAAGCAUCGGAGGGGUCAUCCUUUUCCAUGAGACCCUGUACCAGAAGUCCAAUAAUGGAGUCCUUUUCCCCAAACUCUUGAAGGAUCAGGGCAUUGUUGUAGGAAUCAAGGUAGACAAAGGCACCGCUCCUCUGGCAGGAACUGAUGGAGAAACUACCACACAAGGUCAGAUACUGGAGGCAACUAUUCCUCCUUGGCUCUUCCUCCCAAUGCCUACCUACUUCUCUGAAAGCCUAACUCUAGCCAUUUUUGCAUAG